AUGACGUGGCUUCUUUUUUUUUCUUUCCUCUCCUUCUUUUUUUUCUUUUUUCUUUUUCUUUUUUUCUUUUUUCUCCUUCUUUUUUUCCUUUUUCUCCUUCUUUUUUCUUCUUCUUUUUUUCUUUUUUCUCCUUCUUUUUUUUUCUCCUUUUUUAUUUUAUCUUUUUAUCUCUUUUUUCUUUUUAUCUUUUUCCUUCUUCUCUUUUUCCUUUUCUCUUUUUUCUCUUUUUUCUCUUUUUCCUUUUCUCGUUUUCGUUUUUUUCUUUUUUUCCUUUUUUCUCUUUUUCUCUUUUUUCCUCUUUUUUCUCUUCUUUCCUCUUUUUUUUCUUUUUCAUUGUUUUGUUUUAUUUGUUUCUCUCUCUCUCUCUCUCUCUCUCCCUCUCUCUCUCUCUCUCUCUCUUCCCAAACUCUUGGCAAAAGAGACAUAUGCUCCAUACUUCGGAACUUUCAUUCUCUCUUUAAUAGUCUUUCUUUCCGCCCCACUUUCUCUCUCAGGGCCACCACUAACGACUUCAUUACCACGAAUACUCUUCAUUUCCUCCAUCCGUUAUCUCACUCGUCUCUUAACGCCUUCAAUUUCAGACAUAUUAGUUUUUGCAUUAUGACAUCCAUUUCGUUCUUUUAUCAGCUUCUUUUUUCUCUUUGUUUCGCUUCACUCUUUCCUUUCUUCUUUUCUUCUUCGUUUUCUCAUUUUUCAUUGUUUUUAUUCAUUUUUGUUCCUUUUCUCUCUCCCUUUCUUUUCCUCUUUUCUUUCUUUUCCUCUUUUCUUUCUUUUCCUCUUUCCUUUCUUUUCUUUUCCUCUUUCUUUUCUUCUUUCUUUUCUUUUCCUCUUUCUUUUCUUUUCCUCUUUCUUUUCUUUUCCUCUUUCCUUUCUUCCUCUCCGUUUCUCUUACCUCUCUUCUUUUCCUUCCACAUUGUCUUUUUUCGCUGCCUCUUUCUCCUGAUGUUCUCUUCUUUUGUCUUUGCUUCUAUAGACAGAACCGCAUAA